AUGAAUCGUACGCUUAUUCUGUUUUUGUUCGUUUUUUGUUUUCAAUUUAAUUGUAAGUAUUUUGGAUUUUAUUUGAAAUCUAUUUUAUAAUAAUUUUAAAAAAUCAUUACUCUUUUUAAAUUUUUUAAUGAUUAUGUUAAAAUAGUUGUCAAAAAAAAUAUAUUUUGUGAUGUCAAGAAUCUAAAGUUUUAUAAAAUUUAUUUUUUUUCUGCAUUAAAGCAAUAGAAUUUUUGGGUAUAUAGAUGCUGUUAUCGAAUACCUGAAAGUUGUGCCCAUUGCACCAGGUACAUUUUACUUGGUAUGGAAAAUGUCGUCAGACGUCAAUAUACAUAAAGAAAAUGCUUUCUUUAAGGCAAGUAAAAUUUUAUACAAUUAAUAAACAUAAUGAAAAAAAUGUUACUCAAUAAAAGGACCAAUAUUUAAACAAAUAUCAUUGUAAGUUUUUUGCCCAACUUUUUGCGUAUCCAGGGCCGACCACGGGCAAUUUUAAUCUUGAAUGGUGGGGGGGGGGGAGGGGGGGGGGAGUGGGAAGGGUUGUAUGCGAAAAAUAGGUACAACAUUGCUUUAGAUUAAAAGUCAAAUCCAGCAAGGUGACGAAGCUAGAGCAAUUACUGAAUUACUACCGAAAGUUGCAGACGUAUGUAAAGAACACGUUGGAAGACAAGGAGUUACUAUAUGCUCUUACAAUAGCACAUCUCAUGCAUUCGGUGUUAAGCAAGAAUUCAUGGUAAAAUGCAGUUUGAAUCUCCUUUGUUAUUUUUUUUGUUUUAAGGUUGACUACUACGAGAAAAAAACAAAUCUACUAGGAUCAAAAACAGAAACUGCUACGUCCUAUUUUUACCCACCAACCUUAAGAGUCGUCAGUAACAGCCACGACUGUAUAAAACUGUUGUUACGUGUAGAAACGUUUGGAAAUUUACCGAAAAAAGUAAAAGUGGAGCUUAAAAGCGUAUGUAUAAUAAUAAAAUUGUUGUUAGAAAUGAGUUACUAACUGUCGUUAAAGUUUUUUUUAGAAUGUAAAAAACGCUGAAUGGUCUUCGGAUAAUACGUAUCUGCCAAUUCUCAAACCGCAAAACCUAUAUUCGUACCAAUACUGUAACUCUGGAAGUACUUUGUUGUUUUUAAACAAAACUGAAAGUUAUUUAUUUCGAUACCAAGCUAUUUAUGAAACAACGUUUUCGUUCAUGAACAAAAACUACACUAUAAUAAAAGAUUUUACUGAAGAAAGUGAAAAUUUAUGGAGUCAUGUGCAAUGUAAGAACAAGAGUUGUAUUUCUAUGUACCCCUGUAAAUUUUAGCUUGCAUAUCAAAAAUUAUUUUUAGAUAAAAACGAGCCAAGAAUUGUAUUUCCAGUAGUUACAACACGCACAAACUCCGGCUGGUUUUUAAAUUUUACUUUGCCAAACAUUACAAAAAAAGACGACAGUGAAGAAGCUUACAGAAUAGAAUAUAAGUAAGUUGAUCAGAUAAAUAGACAAAAAAAUUUCGGUUUUACCCACAUGUGUUCAAAUACUUUUGACUAGGGAUUUUAAAUCUUUCAGAAAAGACCGCUAUUCUCGACCAUACAAUUGGAUCUCAGUGCCAAAGAAAACUUUAAAUAGCAUAACAAUCACCAACAACCAAGUAUCCAUAAAUAUGACAGAAGUCGUAGCUAAAAAGAAAUUAUUACCAGAAACCGAGUUUCGUAUAUUUUUCCGCCAGCGCACAACAAAUGGUUGGGUGUGGUCUCAGCCAAGCUACUCCUUCAAGCACUCGGACCUACCUAAGAUAUCAGGCUUAAAACCAGAAAAUAUUGUUCAAAGACAAAUUACGAUUUUUCACCGAUUGGCUAUUGUUGUGUUGCUAGUACUGAUUGGUAUUAGCGCCGGAUAUAUUAUCAAAAGUUUGAAUGCCAACAGACUUUUCAAAAAUCUUGGUUUUGGUUACAAGAAGUUGGAUUCGGACCAAGAAAUGUCUUUUGUAUAA